CAGCUAUUUAUAGGAACUGGCUACCUCAGCAAGCAAUUGUUGCACCAACAUUUAUGACCUGUAGUAUUCGCGUAACUUAAUAAGAUCGCGUGUCUUCGCGUACUAACUUAGUGGCUCUAUAUACGAGUUAGGUUUGAUGGUAAUCAAUAUCUACUGAACCUCAUUGUCAAUGAGUGAUACCUACUUGCUUGUUAACUACUUCCUGUCUGUAUGUAUCGUUAUGAAGUUUGGUAUCUAGGCGACUGUGUCCAAGCUGUAAGUGGUGGUCUGUGCACAUGGCUGCUAGGGGAUCCACGAUUCAAAGCUUCCACUUAGGUCUCGAGCUGAGUUACCUUUGCGGCGAAGCGCGCCCGUAAUGAAUUUCAUUCUGGUUACAACUAUGUACUGGAGCAAAUCAUCUCUUUAGAACGAAAUAUCAUCGUUUACGCGCGGCGGCUAUAUAUGUUGGAAACCUUUUAGUGUUCUUGAUUGGUCACCAUUCUUAAUGAGAACCUGUAGUUCACCUAUCGUGCAUAUUUUAUGCCAACCCUGGCCGAGAGGCGUUCCUCCACAGCAUAUCGUUGCUGCAACAUCGUGGCGGAAGCGGCCAAAUGUAAAAAGUCUACCUCCAUUUGAAUAAUUCAGCCUUGUCUUGAACAUUUUGUAUUUAAUCGAUACCUAAUAAAUUUUAUCAACAUUGUCUAAGUCGACUUUGAAAUCCUCAACCACUUUUUAUUUGCCUCCAUGCAUUACCUACAAUGGCCAAAGCCGGCUGCCAAAAGUGUUCUCUUAUCCCGGUCCUUCAGUGGAAACCAGCGAAUAGCAACUGGGAUCAGCGCUGGGUCCGUGGCGACGAGUUUCAUAGCAACAAUAGUUGCCAAACGAUAGACGCAGAAUCACCGAUAUGUAUAAUUCUUGCAAGCGCUAACGAGACUCGCGCAUGUCUCGCCUGUCGAAAUUCGCUCACGAGGGCGUUUUGUAUCCCAGAGAUAUGGUGGUCAGACUACUGCCGAAACUCAAAUGGCUAUCUUGGAAGUGAUAUAACUAGACAGAACGGGGUUGUCACUGGGUUCAGUACAUGGGCUUAUUUUGAGAUCAAGCAUUUAGACGCCAAAAUGCAGUAUCAGUGGCACAAGAUGAAUAUCUUCAUACGAUGGCUGGCCCCUACGAAGCAAACGAUCAUCCUAGCCUUUGAUACCCUAUCGCCUGUCAUGGAGCGUAUACCGGAGUCGCUUCGGAACCCGGAUUCUAAUUGCCUUGGCGAUCCCUUCUGGGUAUACGCCCGAUUAGCCAGCGACGUAGUAGACCUACAGGACUCUGCCGUCUGGGCUAUUCGUAACCAGGUGAGGGCAAUAGAGACGCAGAGAAUGCCCAUAGGCAAGCCGCAGCCGGACUAUAGACAUAUUCACGAUGUUGCGCGACAUGCCAUCCACGUAACCGAAUCUCUCAAUGUUGCUACCGAAUGCCUAGAAGGUAUCCUAGCGCAGCACGAUGACUUUUUGAGCCAGAAAUUCCCAUUCCAGAUGAUACACGCUGACGCGUCGGAAGCCGUCCAUCGCCAGCUGCUUUUCUGUAAACAUAUGCUCAGCAAUCUCCGCCACCGGUCCAUCUCUAACCGCGAAAGGCUGCAGAACGAGAUUCAACUGGCCUUCAACACCGUUGCCCAGUAUGACGCGGGGAUCUCCGUCCAGAUUGGGCGUGCUGCCCAGCUAGACGGUGCCGCGAUGAGGAAGGUCGCUUUCGUUACCAUGAUGUUUCUGCCGGCUACUUUCAUCUCCGCUGUCUUCAGCAUGUCAUUCUUCGACUUCGACGCAGACUCCGGCGCUUGGAACAUAUCAGGCAAAUUCUGGAUUUAUUGGGUAUUUGCGAUCCCGCUUACUGUCGCUACCAGCCUCCUGUGGCAUUUCUGGCAUAAACUGUUCCCCCUUACACCGAUGGGGUAGUUCGGUAAACGGAAUGGCGUUGUCGAGUAAUAGAAUAGAACUUAAAGAGACGGUCUUAUGAAAUCGUGUUUGCAUUGAAGGAUAUAUUCUUUGGCAUCCCUCACGUUGUAGAUGCUCUAAGUACGCUAUGUAAUAAAUAGCAAAAUUAUCGUAAGAUAUUUCCACAUGACCGAUAGAUGUAAAUGAUAUCUUUAUCAUCAUCACCAUCGUUAUCCUUAUAAGCUACCUAUCUAGUAUAUGACCUGAGUAUUUCACAUAAUAAGAUGUCUGCCUUACCUACUGAA